AUGGCGGUGCUCUUGUUCUUAAGCACUAUCAUCUCACCUAGAAAAAAGUAUGGCUACAUCGAUGAUUUUAUGCUUCAAAUUGUGGAUGAUCUAUAUGCAUGUGAAACGUUUCCGUGGGGGAGAUACACAUUUGACGAAAGUAUUACAAAUAUCUCCCGUUUGAUGGAUAGUUUUAAGGGGCGUGUGAAGUCAACUUGGUGUUUUCCGGGUUUCUUAACUCCUUUGGAGAUAUUGGCGUGUGAGUGCAUUCCUGAUUUGAAGAGUAAGUUUCGAGUGGAUGUGGUAGGAGCAGAACCAGGUUGUCCAAGAAUGUGCAAACAAAAAUGGAGGUAUAGUCACAUGAAAGGCUUCCCAAUUGAAGAUGUAAAUGACGCCCUUGGAUCUACAACGGAAAUUCAUAGCAUUUUGGAACCUGAAUUGUCUGAGGUCCCUCUUAUGGCUCGCAUCACAGAAAAUGAGGAGAUACAAUCGAGUGAUCCAAUUACUGAGAGUUGGGAGCAUCGCCUAUGUGUAGAAAGGAAGAAGAUAUGCUGGAAAGAGCUGUAUAAUUUAGAUGUGUCUGCUCGAGGAGAAAAUGGGAGAGAAGAGCAGCAACAAGAAGAAGGAGAAGCAGCAGGAGAAGAGGAAAACAUCCCGCCACAGACUUCUAGGUUUGUGAACAAUCUUAAAGCGCUUGAAAAGAAAGUAAUGGGAGCGAUGAAAGCAGGAUUUACUGAAAUCAACAAGAAAAUUAGUGUCUUGGACAGAAGGUUGAAAGAUGUUGAGCUUUGUUUGAAUGAUGCGAUGAAUAAGGAUGGACUGAAUUUUAUGGCUAGUGACAAUUUUAGAGGGUCUGGAUAUGAGAACGAUGAAGAAGCAGCAAUAGGAGGCGAAUCAAGAGAUGUUGAGAUGAGUGGUGAAGAUGAAGCAGCAGCAGUAGGAGGCGAAGAAAGAGAUGUUGAGAUGGUUAAGACACGUUCGCAGAAGAGGAAGAGAGUAGGCGAACCUUCAAAGUACCUUAAGAGUCCGUAUACAAGGCAAAAGAAGAAAGGUCAACAAUUGAAGGCAAAAUGA